AUGGACCUGUUUAGUGCGCUCACGGCAGGGGGGACACGCUUCGAUAAGAAGCGGUUCUCACGAGACAUAUCACUGUUCCAAGAAUCGCGCAAGCGCGAUGAGAACGAACAUGCCCGUGCGCCUGAGCAAAGUGCUGGAGCGGCUCUCCCAGCUUCGUUGGACUUUUUUGGGAGUCACAAGGACGAGCGUGCAGUGGCUGAGGCUGAGGCAGGAGCAGCAGAGGAUGCUUCGAAGCAUAGACAGCGCGUAACGACGCAGAACAACCUACCGCUUCAGCGCUCAGAGCUACCUGCUUUCCUCCGGGAACGCCAGCUCAAACUCACAGGAACCGAUGUCCCGCUUCCUCUCAAAACUUGGCAUGAUCUCGAAACACGCUGGCACAUCGAGCCAUGGCUAUACAAGAAUCUGUUGAAAGGGCCCUGGAAAGAGCCAACGCCUAUCCAGUGUGGCGCGAUGAGUGUCAUGCUUGAUCGACGUGACCUGCUGGCAGGCGCGCCGACAGGCUCAGGAAAGACCUUAGCAUUCGUGCUACCCACACUGCAGCUGCUCAAGCGGCACCAGAAGCAUGGAUUCCGCGCAGUGAUUGUAAGCCCCACCCGUGAGCUUGCACAACAGAUUUUCAGUCAGCUGCAGCUUCUGGCCGACGGGGAGGCGUUUCGCACUUGCCUACUAACAAAUGUGACAAAAGCCACAAGUGAUUCAAUCAAGAAGAAGAAGUUCGAUAUCCUCAUCACGACGCCGUUGCGUCUUGUGCACUCGAUUGAGCAUGAGGAGUUAGACCUGAGCCAGGUGGAAUUGCUUGUAUUAGACGAGGCGGACCGUUUGUUGGAGCUGGGAUUCCUCGAGCAGACAGAUGCAAUCCUCGCUGCUUGCACGAAUCCAAGUUUGCGCAAAGCUCUUUUCAGUGCCACACUUCCAGCAGGCGUGGAAGAACUCGCUAAGACAUUCAUGGUGGAUGAAUGCCGUGUGCUCGUGGGACAAAAAGAUAGUGCUACUGCCACCAUUGAACAACGCCUCGAGUUCACAGGCUCGGAGGAUGGAAAACUGCAUGCACUGCGAGCCCUGAUCCAGGCAGGAGGCAUGCAGCCACCGGUCCUUCUCUUUGUGCAGUCAAUCCAGCGCGCACGCGAACUGUUUCACGAGCUCGUGUACGAUGGCUUGCACGUGGACGUCAUCCACAGUGAGCGGCCCAAAGCACAGCGAGAAGCUGUGAUUCAAGCAUUUCGUCGCGGUGAUAUUUGGCUUCUUAUUUGUACAGAACUCAUGGCCCGCGGUAUUGACUUUCAUGGCGUCAACCUGGUUAUCAAUUACGACUUUCCCCAGACAGUGCAGAGCUAUAUUCACCGGAUUGGGCGUACGGGCCGUGCCGGUAAGCAAGGAAAGGCUAUCACGUACUUUACAAAGGACGAUGCCCCCUACCUGAAAUCUGUCGUAAAUGUAAUGCGGCAGUCAGGCUGUGAUGUGCCAGAGUGGAUGCUCAAACUUCCAAAGCCGUCCAAUAUGCUGAAGAAGCAGCUGCGAAAGAAGCCCGUCCAACGUAAGGACGUGCGUGCAGCAUCAGGCAGCACAUCUUUUGGUCGGCGUCUUGCGAAUCGGCAGCGUGAUAUGGUCCAGGCGAGCAAGCGACGGCAAAAAUCUAAGCCCCAGGCUAAGAGUCCAAUGCCCCCGUCGUAG